AUGGCCUUUUCCAAAGCAGCGGCAUCUGCCGUGGCAGUCGGACUAGCAGCCUUUGCUCCUCUGACUCAAGCUAUGCAGCCGAGUGCUGCUUUCCCAGUGCCAGCGCCAAUGAGGCCGCUGCAAUGGGGCGACAUCAACUUCCUCCACACGACUGACACCCAUGGCUGGCAUGGCGGACAUCUGCAGGAGUCUCAGUACUCUGCGGACUGGGGCGACUAUGUCUCCUUUGCCGAGCACCUCCGACGUCACGCCGACAAUGAGGGAGUCGACCUGCUGCUCGUCGACACGGGCGACCGAGUCGAGGGCAACGGGCUUUACGACGGCUCCCAGCCAAAGGGCCAGUACACGUACGACAUCUUCAAAGAGCAGCACAUGGACAUCAUCUGUACGGGCAACCACGAGCUGUACCAAGCCGACACGGCCGAGCGCGAGCAUGAGCAGACGGUGCCCAACUUCCGCGGCAAAUACCUGGCAUCGAACCUGGACUACAUCGAACCUGCGACGGGCGAGCUGCAGGCUAUGUCGCCGCAGCGAUACCGUGCCUUCCAGACCAAGAACCGUAAGAUCAACGUGGUCGCCUUCGGCUUCCUCUUCGACUUCACGGGCAACGCCAACAACACAGUGGUGCAGCCGGUGCGCCAGACCGUGCGCGAGCCGUGGUUCCAGCAGGCCAUCCGCGACGAGCCGGCAGAGCUGUUUGUGGUGAUUGGCCAUGUCGGCGUGCGGAUGGCCGAGUUGCAGGUCAUAUACGAGGCCAUCCGGGAACAGAACCCCGACACGCCCAUUGCUAUAUUUGGUGGCCACGCUCACGUCCGCGACGCCGUCCGGUUCGACGACAAGGCGUUUGCCAUUGCAAGCGGUCGCUACUUUGAGACCAUUGGCUGGAUGUCUGUGAGCAGUGUGCAAGAGCCGAAGACAACGUUCCGGCGCCGCUACAUCGACAACAACCUGCUGGGGCUCUACUACCACAGCGGCCUCAACGCCUCGACCUUUCCGACAGAGCAUGGCCUCAACGUCAGCGCCUUGAUUACCGACGCCCGUGCAGACCUGCAGCUCGACAGCCGCUUCGGCUGCGCUCCCAAGAACUAUUGGAUGCAGCGCCGGCCGCACACCAGCCCGGACAGCGUGUAUACGCUGCUGCGCGACAGGGUGCUACCAGAGGCUAUUGUACGACCAGACCGGGCACAUGUGCCGCGGCUGGUGCUGACUAACACGGGUGCCAUACGCUUCGAUAUCUUCAAGGGUGCCUUUACGCGCGACACGACAUUCAUUGUAUCGCCGUUUGUAAAUUUGAUCUACUUCAUCCCAGAUGUGCCAUACGCGCUGGCCAAACAGGUGCUGGGAAUCCUCAACAGACAAGACCGCAUCCUGGCCGAGAAGACGGGGGAUGUCAGCUUGGACUGGCGCGAGCUCAACGUGCCGGAGCAAUAUGCGAUGAAGGGCAGGCGGCAUGCGGCGGCUGUCGACGAGGAUGGGGCCGACCGGCAGAAGUUGCUCGGGGGCGAAGAGUCGUAUCCGCGACUCGUGGCCGGCUACACGACGUGGGAUGAUGCAGGCACCGACGGCGACGAUGCCAUUCACUCGCCGCUGCCGUUCCACCCCGUCCCCAACUGCAUCCAGGCCGAGGCCGCAUUUCCGGCCGAAGGCGAGCCAGAGACGGUCGAUCUCGUCUUCUUCGACUUUGUCGGCAAGUUCGUUCUUCAGGCGCUCGCGAUCGCGGGCCAUGACAGCACUGCCGACAGUUCCAAGCACUAUACCGAGACCGAUACUGAGACGUACCUCGAGGGCAAGUUCACGGACUAUUUCAACGGCUGGAUCAAGGAGAACUGGGGACAGCACUGCUGA